AUGACGGUGCAACGUCACUUCGUGGGCUUCGAAAAGCAGUGGUGUGCGAAGGAUGGAGAGAAGACGCAACUGUGCGGCGGUGACCCAGCGGCAAUGAUGCAGUGUCCGAGCAACAGAAGAACUGCAAUUCUCCUUGGCGGGUUAGCGACGACGGCACUGGGAAGCUUCAUUUCCAGCGAUAGGGAGGGCGGGGGUGAGAUUCUAUUAAACUCAUUUUGUUCUCCGGCAAACUUCUUUCGGAUUCUUAAGAUAGUUGGUGUAGGAUACAAAGCCAGAGCAGAGGAUGCAGGGUCUCAAUUGUUCCUCAAGUUAGGAUACAGUCAUGAGCUUCAACUCAGCGUGCCUCCGGCGGUUCGAGGAAUAGACAAGGGAAGGGUGAACCAUUUCGCCGGCACUGUCCGGAGUAUCAAGCCGCCAGACGACUACAAAGGCAAGGGAAUAAUGUAUGUUGAUGAAUUUAUCAAGAGAAGAAAGGAAUAA